AUGGAGGGUCCCAGCAAAUUACCUGAAAUGACUCACGACACCAAGAGAAAUACUUUGGCCGUGGAUCCCUUCCAACCCGUUCUUGAGAUCUUGAAGCAGCUUGAAGAGGUAAACGAAAAGCUGCAGGCCGGAAAUAUUCAGCUGUGCAAGGAGGGAAAUCACUUGAAACUUCGCCAAGAUGAGCAGGUAGCUCGCUUACAUACCAUUGACAAUGCAUUGGAUGAAGUUCGGGGAAACUUUAUUGGUGUUCUCAAAGUUUGGAAUGAUCGGCCGGCCGGUGACUCGGCCAUUUUGCCAAGAGAUGGGUUUCCCAAACGUUAG